AUGUCGUCUUCAGACAAUGGCGAUCUGCCUAACAAGGCGACGGUGGAAGAGCUCGAGAAGGGGAGCUCGGUGCAUGUCAGUUCCACGGACAAGAAACUAACGCGCAAAAUCCUAUGGAAAUUAGACACAAGGAUCUUGCCCAUCCUUGCCGUCCUGUUCCUGUGCUCGUUCCUGGACAGAACCAAUGUGGGAAAUGCGAAGCUCUACAACCUUGAAAUAGACCUUGGUAUAACGGACCACCAGUACGACCAGGGUCUUGCCGUCUUCUAUGCGACCUAUAUUCUGAGCGAGAUUCCGAGUAAUCUAAUUCUCAAGAAGCUGACACCCCAAAUAUGGCUGCCAUGUCUGACCUUCUUUUGGGGCGUAUCCGCCAUGUGUCUUGGAUUUGUCCAGAAUUUCGCCGGCUUCGUGGGUGUUCGUGCACUGCUUGGAUUGACCGAAGGCGGUUUGCUGCCGGGAAUUGUCCUUUACUUGUCUACCGUCUAUACGCGAGGUGAACUUGCCCUGCGUAUUGGUAUCUUUUAUACGGCUGCAUCUUUAUCGGGUGCUUUCGGAGGACUGCUGGCCCGAGGAAUAGCUGAGAUAGGCACUCGAGGCGGUCUCAAUAAGUGGAGAUGGAUUUUCGUGCUUGAAGGUUUAUUCACUGCCUUGGUCGGAAUCGCCGCGUAUUUCAUCCUCCCUAACGGUGUUGGAUCGGCGAAAUUCCUCAGUCCAGAGGAGCGUCAAUUCGCCGUCGGCCGCCUCAAUGCUGCCAGCCAAGGCGGUGGCGGCAACCGCGAGAGGGAGGCUAAUGAGAAGUUUACCUGGUCCGAAGUAGGUCGCGGCGUCUUCAGCUUGCAGACCUGGUUCACAGCAGCUGCAUACUUCGGCAUCCUCAGUGGACUUUAUAGCUUUGGUCUCUUCCUUCCGACAAUCAUUACGGGCUUGGGAUAUACGGCGGACGAAGCUCAAUUGUGGUCCGUCAUUCCCUACGCGGUAGCCUCCGUGGUUACAGUGAUAACUGCGUUCCUUUCCGACCGCUUCCGCGUCAGAGGAUUGGUUAUGCUCUUUUCGUUGCCGCUGGCGAUUAUAGGGUAUGCCGUGAUUGCGAACGUCGACAAUGUUAAAGUCAAGUACGGCAUGACGUUUCUCAUGGCUACUGGUUUAUAUAGUAGUGUGCCGCCUGUCCUUGGUUGGCUCUCAAACAACUCGGCUGGCCAUUAUAAGCGAGCGACGACGAGCGCCCUGCAGCUUGCCAUCGCGAACUGUGGUGGAUUCGUCGCCGUGUUCAUAUAUCCGAAGACACAAGGGCCGGCAUACCAUGAAGGCCAUACCAUUAUUCUAGGAGUGUUGUGCGCCGGGUGGUUCUUGAUCCUUUGCAACGUGCUGUACUGCUGGAAGAUCAACCGGGAUAAGGCGAAUGGCAAAUACGAUAAAUUCCGCGGCUUCGGUGAUGACCGUGAUCCUACAUUCAAGCUUGUGCUAUAGGCAACUAACAACCUGAGUGAAGGUGAAGAACGGUGUUUGCGUAUAUGAUUUUUAUGAGAGGCGGGUAACAACCUCGUUACGGCAGGUAUCUACCUUAUAAAAGAAAACCGAGUCAACACUUAGUUCGAGUUGAGAGGUAUGAAGGAAACACGGUCCUUUUUGAGUCCUUCCCAUGGUAUUCGACUGGAUACCUCCAAGGCUCCCUGAAGUAUGGUAUACCCGACUUAUCGAUGGGAUUUACGUAUAGGCGGGUAAAUAGGCAUGGGCAUGGGUAUGGGCAUAGAAUUUGGACGGCGGGUUUCUCUGAGAAUUUUGAACAUACCAUUUCAAGUAGUGACUAUGAGAUAUGAAUCUAUAGUCGUGAAACUUCGAGUUGAGUGUCGAUAUGUUAUUCUGGUGAUGUCUCGUUGCUAAGACGGUGUUGAAUAAAUAUUUUAUAUAAUUCCUGUUGUGACUUUCGGUUGACUAUAAGCCGCUGAGUUCAUAUUUACACUUUUUUCAUAACUUACGAAACUUCUGUAAAAAUCGCACGAUGC